CUUGCCUAAAUUAGUAAAAUUAAAAACAAAUUUCAGGCGAAAAAACGUAAACAGUGAUACCAAGAAACUGUCUUUCUCUCAGUUAAUGGCGACGCACCGCUUUUCCGAUCUCCCUUCUUCGGAUAUCUCAUCAUUUCUUUAUUUUCUCAGGGGUUCAGAAUCUGUGAACUGGUAGAAAGGAAAGUAUAGAGCCUACGUAGGUGAUGUCUUUCAACUGGGCCGACAAGCAAUGGAAAUGUGGAAAGGGAGGCACCGUGAAUUUGCAAAGAGUGAGCUCACUUGUACGCGACAUUGGAGAGCCUUGUCUCCAUCAAUCUCCUAUAAAGAUAAACAAAACGCUCAAGCCAGAUAGGUGGCAGGCAACUUUUGAUAGUGAAGGAAAGAUACACGGGUUUCAAAAGGUUUUGAAAUUGAUCAUUUUUGGGGGUGUUGAUCCAUCUAUAAGACCAGAAGUUUGGGAAUUUCUUUUAGGUUGUUAUGCUGUAAGCAGCACAGAGGAGUAUCGAAGACAACUGAGAACUGCUAGGAGGGAAAGGUACAAGGAUCUUAUAAAGCAGUGUCAAUCGAUGCAUUCCAGUGUUGGGACUGGUUCUCUUGCUUAUGUUGUAGGGUCUAAAGUUUUGGAUAUGAGAACCAGUUCCAAAGGUGAUGGAAGAAGGGAAACCCUAGCUGAAAAUGCACGAGUUUCCUGUGCUCAUACUAGAAACUCUGAUGACAAAAGUUGUGUAGAUACAUCAAAUGCGUAUCACAGGGAGAUCUCUAGUGAUCCUGGUGACCUUGUAAGUGUGAGGAGAAGCACAGAUGGUGCAGCAUGUGACUCUUUCUGUUCGUUGCCUGAUCCUGGUCCGUUUAACUGCAGUUCCCCCACAUUUGAUUCAGAAGCACAGGAAUCGGAAUCUGUUGCUGGAAAUGAUUUUGACUUCCCUCCUUUGCCCGUGACAGAUUUGUUUGAGAAGAAUAGCAAAAAUAGGAAAGUGCGUAGGUUACAUGAUACUAGAUAUAUACGGCGUAAAUUGCAGUUUAGAGAUGAACGUAUGCACAGCUUCAGCAUAAAGAACAAUGCUGAUAUAGUUAUUGAAUCAAAUGCCACCCAAUCUUAUGAUACAUUGCAUUCACAGAACUUUGGAACUGAAAGAGUUUGUCCUGAUGUGUCUGGUCCUCUUUCACCGUCUAACAUGGGGGGACAUGAAAUUGAUAUCUAUGACAGAACUGUACUUUCUGAAGCACCUGAUAUGGAAAAUACUAAUGUGACUUCAACUGAAGAAGGUUCUCUCAGGGAAGAUAGAGUGUCUGAAUGGCUAUGGACACUUCAUCGAAUAGUUGUCGAUGUAGUAAGAACAGACAGUCAUCUUGAAUUUUAUGGCGAUGCUAAAAAUUUGGCUAGGAUGUCAGACAUACUUGCGGUUUAUGCCUGGGUUGAUCCUGCAACAGGAUAUUGCCAAGGAAUGAGUGAUUUACUGUCUCCCUUCAUUGUUCUUUUUGAGGAUGAUGCUGAUGCUUUUUGGUGCUUUGAAAUGCUUUUACGUAGAAUGCGUGAAAAUUUUCAGAUUGAAGGCCCAACUGGUGUCAUGAAGCAGUUGCAAGCACUAUGGCAAAUCUUAGAAUUUACUGACAAAGAAAUGUUUUCACACCUGUCAAACAUAGGUGCUGAGAGCCUCCAUUUUGCAUUUCGGAUGCUUUUGGUACUCUUUCGUCGGGAGUUAUCUUUUGAUGACGCUCUUUGUUUGUGGGAGAUGAUGUGGGCUGCUGAUUUCAAGAAAACUGUGCCUUUUGAUCUAAAUGAGAACUGCCCAGAACUAUUGGUAAUCCACACUGUGAAAGAGUCUGAUGUGGAGAUAGGCGAAGAAAGUUUUGACAAUAAAAGUAAAGACUCAAAUGAGUCACCCUCCAAAAAUGGAAAUGCAGAACAUACCAUUUCUGAGAACACUGGAUUGAAGUCAACUUUGGUUCAGCCCUUUUGUGGUUUGGCUCGAAAUUUAUGGUCAAAAAACGAUCACAUUCAGAAUGGAACAGCUGUGUCAUCGAUUUGGAGUAGUGAUGACGAACUGCCAGUUUUCUGUGUGGCGUCUAUCCUAGUUAUGAACCGCCAAAAGAUAAUUAAAGAAACUCGUUCCAUUGAUGACAUGAUAAAGGCAGGUCCAUCUUAGUUCUUUUAAGUUUGCUUUACCAUAUUUAUUUAUCCCAUCCAUUUCUUUUCCUGAACUGGUCUUUGUUCCCCAGUAGAGGGAAAAUAUUCCACCUGAAACAAGGCCAUGCACUUGUGGAUAGUCAAUUUAUUGCUCAUAUCUCGGAACUAGUAAUAGUUUGUUCUAAGCAGCUUUUGAACCAUAAACAUUGAAUACUUUCAGAUUUUCAAUGAUAAUAUGUUAAAGAUUCGGGUGAAGAGAUGUGUUAGAACAGCCAUCAAACUGCGAAAGAAGUAUUUUCACAAGCUUAUCAAGAGCAGAAGCCCGGUAGCUCAUCAAAAUGAAGAUUGAGGGCAAAGGCAAAAAGUCAUCUUGAUUAUAAUCCAAGUUGAGUUGAUGUUGGAUAUUCACAAGUGAAAAGUGCUACUAGACGAUUGAGAUGAUCCCUCUUUUAGGCACUGAAAGCCAAUCACCACUCUUCUCCUGGGUAAUCUGCAGAUGUCCAUUUUUGUUUCAUGACUGAAGUACUCUAAUUUUAGUGUAUUUGUUGUCCUCGAAUAGUUUAUGACCUUUCUAUCCAAGUUAAUGAAUGAUGUGUUGUGUCCAAACUCUUGAAUAGCCAAACACAGAAUCUUCUUCCUGUUAGCCAAAUACCCCCACCGUUUCCAAAUUAACUUUACAAUUCCUA